CUCGAUAGUUUUUGUGGGGGAGGGUGUAAACAAACAAAAAAGAAACGCUGCGUUUUAACUAAAUUUGGUGCUUAGUUUAUAUCCAUGUAAAUAGUUAUUGCAGAAUGCCGUGGAAUCUGUGGCAAUUGCAUUUAACAAUCAUAUUAUUUGCUAGAUUGGCGGUAUGUGAAGUUGAUGUGAAGAGAACACUUGUUUGGGGGCCGGGACUCCAACCCGAUGAGAUUGUGUUGCCUGCACGGUAUUUCUUUAUUCACGCAGUCGAUGAGACCGGCAAAAGAUUGGAGUCCGUGGCUUAUAGGAACUUCAAUGUGCAGAUAACUGGAAAUUCUCCACAUGGGAACUGCCGGUCCAAUGUGAAUUUCAUCGAUCGCGAGGAUGGCUCCAUUAUAGUGAGAUACACCAUUGCCGAUUGGUGUGAUCAGAUGGAAAUCCAUGUGUUAUAUAAUUCAACAAAUGUGGCUCAAUCACCUUACAAAGUGCCGAAAAGAGCUUACUCAGAACGUUGCCACUGCCCUCAAGACACCAAGCUCUGGCUCCUGAACAACAAAUGUCCCAAUUUCUCUGAGGAUAAGCAGAUUGCAUGGGACCUACACUCUUUUAAGCGUGUGAAUUUCAGUGCCAUUCGGGAUAAUCUUUUGAAACGCUACAAUGCCCCUGAAAGUAUUUCGCUCUGCCACUAUGUGGUAAAGGAACAACAAGUUUAUAGAACCUGUUAUGGGAAAUAUACCGGAUUCAAGAUGUUUAUGGAUGCAACACUUUCGGCAUUACUUCGGGUAGUUACCCUACCCGAUAUGGAGUUCUAUAUGAAUCUCGGCGAUUGGCCUCUUUCCAAGAAAGGGGGCCAGCAACGCACUUCUGGCCCGUAUCCCAUCUUUUCGUGGUGUGGCAGUGAUGAUAGCUAUGAUAUUACAUUGCCCACCUAUGACAUAACCGAAUCCACAUUGGAGAACAUGGGAAGGGUUAUGCUAGAUAUGUUGUCUGUGCAACAAACUGACAUUCCAUGGGCUGACAAGGAGGAAAAGGGUUUCUUUCGUGGCAGGGAUUCACGACGCGAAAGACUAAACCUAAUUGAUUUGGCACGCAAACAUCCUGAUUUCAUAAACGCAUCUAUAACGAAUUUCUUUUUUUUCCGAGAUGAGGAAAAGAAAUAUGGCCCAAAAGUACCUCACAUUUCGUUUAUGGAGUUUUUCAGGUAUAAAUACCAACUGAAUAUUGAUGGAGCUGUUGCUGCUUAUCGGUUUCCCUAUUUACUAGCCGGUGGUUCUUUGGUUCUAAAACAGGAAUCUCAUUACUAUGAGCAUUUCUAUAGCAAAUUGGAACCCUACAAGCAUUAUAUUCCCAUCAAACGAGAUCUAAGUGAUCUAAUUGAGAAGAUCAUUUGGGCCAGGGAGAAUGAUGGACGAGCAAAAGAAAUUGUUGCAAAUGCACGGAAAUUUGCCGAAAAUCAUCUAUUGCCCCAACACAUCUACUGCUAUCAUGUGGCAUUACUUAAAGAGUGGAGCACGCGCUUAAUAUCACCAGUUGAGGUACUCCCAAAUAUGGAGAAACUUAGUACAAGUCACACAUGCUCCUGUCAAAAGAAUACACUCAGGGAUGAACUUUAAAUUUUCAUUGGAGUUGUGCAAUUUUAAUACCGAUUGACUAUUAUUUUUUUGUGAUUUGUCAAAUAAUUUAUACAUCACUUCUAGAACCAUAUAUGUAUUAAUUUAGUUGAAAGUUUUCUUUUUGUAUGCACUUCAUAGAAACAAUUGAACACUUUUCGUAGACAUUCCAUGAAUCUCAAAUUAGUUCAGACUAAAACAUUUUAUCGUAGCUGACCUAUACUAAUGAACAAACUAGAAACCGUCGAUUAAAAAAAGAAUUUUUAGCAACUUUUGAUAACAAUAUAAUUUUUAUCUAAGGGCAACUUCUUAGCUCUACAGCGGAUGAGUGUCCCGGCCGUAUAGAAAUAGUCAUAACGUGAUUUUUAUGUAUUGUGUAAUAAAUAAAGAAAACAAAAAUGUAUGUAAAAACUA